ACUGAGGCAGCGCAUCGCUCCUGCCCUCCAUACAGGAAUUGCAAGUGCGUCAAGACUCUCGUAUUUAUAUCCUAGUGCUAAAAUGCACAAAGCCCCCAUUAUUGCAUUCCGCCCAAUUUGUUCUGCAACGAAUAAAACCCCAAUAAGUGUUUUAAGUGAUACAUUAAAGCAUGUGUUAGAUUAUGUUUUGCUGCAAGUACCACAGGGGUUCCGAGUGCGGGAUAGUCUGGGAGCAAAAAAGAAGAUAAUGCAAGGAGAAUAUAGGUCAUUUUACAAAGGUGAUUCUAGUUCAGUGUGUAUGUGUUUAAAACGCGGCACAUUGAUACGAAUUCUAAAUGAGCAAAUCCAUUUUGCAUUGAAACACCACCAGCAUGAUUUCUUUCUUUUUUAUAAAUCUGGCAUGCGCGUAGCUAAAGCUCUACCAUCUAAGCGCGAUGGUAUCCUUGCUAUUUUGCGCUACAGUGACUUAUUCCAAGUUAUGAAAUCAUGGUUAUGCUGUAAUUAUGUAAACGUAAGUGGUUUGACAUUAUUACAGCGUAUAGGCAUCCCUAUGGGAUUGUCGAGCGCAAACUCGAUUAUAGACUGUGUACUUUGUAAUUUAGAGUCACGCUUUUUAAGUGGCCUAUCAUCAACAGAACGACAGCGAUACGCUGGCACCUGUCGUUUUGUUGAUGAUGUCAUUAGUGAAAGCACUAAUUUUGUUUCAGCUUGGCGCUCCAUAUACAAGGACACGGGACUGGAAUUGGAAACGGAAACGCUCGGCAGUUCUGCGGUAUUUUUGGACCUGGAGCUGACGAUCGUCAAAGGGACAGCUUUUUUCAAAACUUUUUCCAAAAGCAGUUUGUUCAAGUUUGCAGUGAGUAGGUAUGUAACAGGGCGAUCCUGCAUAUCUAAAAGUACUAUUUUUUCAAGUUUUUGUGGCAGUUUCCUUCGUUUUUAUUCUAACAAUAAUUUAGCUUUUUUCUUCCUUAGAGAAGUAGCAGAGCUUAUUUUGCGUAUGAAGAACUUACUAAAUUUUAACAUUUUUCGAAAAACAAUAGAUAUACUCCUGUCCCGCCACAACGAAAACAAGUGGCUCGAUUCCGUUUCCUUCCGCCGUAUCCUCUUAUCUUUCUGCAUGCAAGUAUUGGACUAUAAAUUCCAGUAUUUGACUACAGAAUAACUAUCCGUGGUUUGCAUCCAUUCCUCGAACCCCAGCUGUUUGUAUUGCCCUUCUGUUUUCUAUGCGUUCUUUGGUAUGCCUCCUGUUAGGGCCUUUGCAUGCCAGCAAUGGGGGUCCAAAUUCAAAAAGACUAUAAAUGUCUUUUCGAAUCUGGACACUUGGAAUGUUUGUAUUGCAUACUCCUUUAACCUGGGUGAGGUCUUACAAAGUCUACAACUUUAUGUCAUCAUCCA